UUUUUUUUUUUUUUUUUUUCAGUAGAGACGGGGUUUCACCGUGUUAGCCAGGAUGGUCUCAAUCUCCUGACCUCGUGAUCCACCCGUCUCGGCCUCCCAAAGUGCUGGGAUUACAGGCUUGAGCCACCAUGCCCGGCCCCAUAUCCAUUUUUGAUGAAGCAAUUUUAUUAUUAAAAAACUUGGUGCACUUUAAAUGUUUUCCUGGUGUUAGGUAUGAUAGGAUUUGCCAUGUAUCUUUCACCCUUUUAGUUACCCCAUGGGUUGUUUUGUGAACCUGCCUCACAUUUUCUGUGCAUGUCCUUGAAUGUUGUAGAAUCAUAGGAGGGUCAAGAGUGGGUUCUGAAGAGCUUCCCCAUGUACCACCAUUCAAUUCAAUGCUAGCCUUUCCCCACGGAGUGGAGGCCUUUGGACUUCUCUUGCCACCAGAGUGGACUUAGGGAACAGGCAGUUGGCAUUUGAGGUCUUCAUGCUAAACUCAGAGCCUAGCACUCCCUUGAGCAAGCCACCUUCUCCCCUGUGCCUCCCAUUUUUUUCCCUAAGGUAAAGUGAGUGCUCCUAAGUCUGUGGAGGUGCUCCCCUGCUGUUUUCUCCAGGGUCCUCAGAGCCCCCCCCCCCUUUUUUUUCUGUAGUAGGCUGACAGAUCAAAUGGUCCCAAGGGUGCCUGGGGCCAGCCUCAGAGCUGUGGUUGCAGCUGUGAACCCAGGCUGUGCCAGAGGAAGCUUGGCUUAAGUAUAAACUUAGCAGAACUCAAGGUCCAGUCACCUGUGGAAGAGAGGUGAAACUGGAAAUGCAGUGCCUGCUCCCUCUCCCUCCUGAGAUAUCGAAACCCAACUUGGUGUUGAAAUUUGAGAUGGUACAAUGGGAGUGAGUGUAGUUUAAGGAGAGUUGUAUCUGCGCUGCAUAGAUUUGGGGGCCUGAUGCAGUGGUCCAGACAGACCUGAAAUCUGAUUCCAGUGGGAUGUCUGGGAAAGUGGCUAAACCUCUUAGCUCGUUCCCCCCUAUACAAUGAGGAGAGUGAAACCUACCAAAUGAGAAGAGAGAAACCUACCAAAUAAGAUUCCUUCAAGCAUUUAAGUGAUGCAGCACUCAAUCAAUACCAGCUUCUGUGUGUUCACUCUAAUUUCUAUAUCCAUGGACUAGAGAAGAUAGGAUGGGGGCUUGAUGGAUGCAGAGGAGAGGGGAGGGGGUCACAAAGGAAUGAUUACCGGAAGGUGAUAAGAGCUAUAUCUGUACACCAUGGCUAAGCUGUGACAAGAAAGCAGAGAGGUGUAAAUGCCAGAGUGGGAGGUGAGAAGCACAGAGAUUGGGGGGAAAGCCAGGGCCAGAAAUGAAACGUCCCUGUCCUGUGUGUCAUGCUCCUGGACGCUGGGCCUCCAGCUGGGCAUGGCAGCCAGUUUUUCAUGUGAGCUUCCCCUUUUAGGAUGGGGAUCCACAGAGCUAGCAACUUUGCUGAGCUAGAUACUAGCAAGAGUCCUAGAAGCAGGUCCUAUUAUCAAGCCAGAUGGGAGUAGGUUCUGGCAUAGCCAUGCUGUUCCGUGUUCCAGAGGUAUCCAGAGUCCAAGGGGUGGUCUGCGCCCUGCUCCUCCAUCACUCUCUCCUUUGUAUACUUGUCUCUCCAAGGAGAUGGUUAACUCCCUUGGGAGCAGGGAAUUAUCUGUCACCCCUCUUCUUGUGUCUAGUGUAGUGCUCUGAACAAUGAGUUUCAGUUAAUUAAGCAAACAUAAAUGUAUUAUUCUGGAGCACAGUGUCUUCCUCUGCUCAUUAUAUGAUGCCACUGAUCAAGAAGUUCUUUCCAAGGAAGUCCAGACAGCUCCUGGGGAGAACAAAGUGUCAGAUGUGAGAGGGCAGGUCCUACAGGAUUGUUGCUUCCUGCCACAGAGUACGUAUGCUAAAACAUGUAAAAAAAAAUUAGGGCAGUGUGGUUAUUACCAUUUUACAGUUGAAGAAAGUGAGGUUCAGCCGGGUCACAGCUUGUACAUGGACUCCUGGGUGCAGUGCAGUCUUGGGUGCAGUGCUCUUUCCACUUCCUUGACCCAGAGGUCGGCUUCCUGCCCAUAAGCCAGGCCCUGCAGCUGGAUGCCCAUUCCUCAGAAGCGGCCCUUUGUCCCACCCUUCAUCAGUCUGCAUUCCCAUCCUGAGCACUUACUGUGUACCAGAACAUUGCCAGACUGUGGUGCUGGCUGUGAGGGGGCAGAGAGCAAGGUGAACACGGAUCAGAUUCCCCCAACGGGCGGAGGUGAUGGGGAUUAGUUUAUGGAAGUCCUUUGGUGCCUAGCACUUGGCUGGACACUGUAAAAAUGCCUCUGUUAGCCUGGGCAACCUAGCGACACCCAGUCUCUCGGGGGCGGGGGGCGGGAAGCCAGGCAUGAAGGCGUGUGCCUGUGGUCCCAGCUUCUGGGGAGGCUGAGGCUUGAGCCCAGCCCUGGAGGUUGAGUUUGCAGUGAACCGUGAUCGCGCCACCGCACUCCAACCUGCACGAUACUGCCAGAUCCUGUCUCAGAAAAAAGAAAAAGAAAAGAAAAAAAAAAAGGCUGCUACCGGGGAGGAGAACCCCUCGCCCGACCUCUACCCUCAUGAAGAGAGGCUCAGAGGGCUGAGAAAGCCGUGGGACAGUGGCAAGGCAAGGCCAGGGGAAGCAGCUUUGCCGCCGGGGCCGGGCUCCUGCUUGCCCGGUGCCUUGUGCCCGGUCCUUAGCCUGAAAGUGGUGAGCUUCAGCCAGAAGCCCCUGGCGGAAGCGGUGCCCGCGUGCGGUUCAGAGUGUGGGUGUGCAAGUCUAUGGGCGACCCAAAAGGGGUGCCCCUGCCCGGUAACCUAGCGUGAGGGUGGGGAGGGCGGCGGGCACGCAGCACUGCUUGGCUGCUCAGGGCAGGCUCCGCCCCCAGGGGCGCGGGUUUAAAAGGAGCGAAGGCAGCCCGGGAGCCGAGCGGCCGGGAAGCGCGCCGGAACGGAGCUGCUGCCCUGGCACAGCCAUGGCCCGGCGGGUGGGGGGUGCUCGGCUGCUCAGCAGCCUACUGCUCUUUGCCCUGCUCGCUGCCGACGUCGCCCCGCUCAGCUGGGAUCUCCCGGAGCCCCGCAACCGAGCCGGCAAGAUCCGAGUGCACCCGCGGGGCAACCUCUGGGCCACCGGUCACUUCAUGGGCAAGAAGAGUCUGGAGCCUCCCAGCCCAUCCCCAUUGGGGACAGCUCCCCACACCUCCCUGAGGGACCAGAGACUGCAGCUGAGUCAUGAUCUGCUCAGGAUCCUCCUGCUAAAGAAGGCUCUGGGCGUGAGCCUCAGCCACCCCGCACCCCACAUCUAGUACAGGAGGCUGCUGGUACAAAUACUGCAGAAAUGAUACCAAUAAUGGGACAGACACAACAGCGUGGCUUAGAUUGUGCCCACUCAGGGAAGGUGCUGAAUGGGACCCUGGUGAUGGCCCCAUCUGGAUGUAAAUCCCGAGCCCAAUAUCUGUUACUCCAUUACUGUGAUUUCUGGUUGGGUCACCAGAAAUAUCGCUGAUGCAGACAGAUUAUGUUCCUGCUGUAUUUCCUGCUUCCAUGUUGAAUUUGUGAAUAAAACCUUGCUCUUUACAUACAA